AAGCGUUGCCAUGGAGACCAAAAUAAACGUUACCCGACGUUAGUAAACGGACCGGACUGCUGAGUGACAUUUACGGGACUGCACGUCUUACAAUCUGCCGGAAAACGCAAGAAAAAUACGUUUACAUUAUAUCUCUUUCGCCUGCGUGUUACUUCGAUAUAUUUUUUGGCGAUGUCCUCUGCUAAAAUACAGGAAAUGACGGAAGAUAAAGUGGUGCAGUCGACUCAAAAGGCAGGUGGAGACGCCGACACUACUUCUUCGGUCAAAGAUGGGAGAAACAAGGAGAAUAUCAAAACUCUGCAAAGCCCACCUCAAGAGAAACAGGAAAAACACUCAAGUCCAAGAAUGACCAAAGGAUUCCUGAAAGACCACUGCAAGCAGAACAAACUUUACUUAACACCUUGCCUGAAUGACACACUGUACCUGCAUUUCAAAGGUUUUUCCACCAUCGAGAACUUGGAGGAGUACACAGGACUAAAGUGUCUCUGGCUUGAGAGCAACGGGCUUCAACGCAUUGAGAACCUGGAUGCUCAGACUGAUCUGCGUUGCUUGUUCCUUCAGCAGAACCUCAUCCACAAGCUGGAGAACCUGGAACCUCUGAAAAAGCUCUGCUCCCUUAAUGUCUCCAACAACUACAUAAACAUCAUCGAGAGCAUCUCCUGCCUUCCUGACCUGAGCACACUGCAGAUUGCCCACAACAAGCUGAAGACUGUGAGGGACGUAGAGCACCUGAGUCAGUGUCUGGCAAUCAGCGUGCUGGACAUGUCUCACAAUCUGUUAGAUGAACCCGAGAUCCUGUCUGUGCUUGAGGCCAUGCCAGAGCUGCGGGUGCUAAACCUAAUGGGAAAUGAGGUGGUGAAGAAAAUCCCAUACUACAGGAAGACCAUGAUUGUGCGCCUCAAGCAGCUCACCUUCCUCGAUGACCGCCCUGUGUUCCCCAAAGACAGGGCAUGUGCAGAGGCUUGGGCAGUGGGAGGGCUGGAAGGGGAGCGUAAGGAGAGGGAGCAAUGGGAGACCCGAGAGAGGAGGAAAAUUCAGAGCAGCUUGGACAACAUGGCGGAGAUCAGAAAGAAAGCCCUGGAGAGACGACGCCUUCGAGAGCUUCAGGAGAAAGGGGUGACUGAGACUCCAUGUGAGGAAAACAACACCCAAAUCUCAACUUCAUCACAAGGAGAGAAGAUCCAAGCCUUUGUCGAGGGCAGCCUGGAUGCCCAUGAAGAGCAACUGACACAGGCUGAACAUCAGCCAAACGGUGAACGUCUAGAAGCAGAACGGUCAGGUCAACAGAGAGAGCAGGUAGUUAAAGUUGACCAGGACAAAUCAGAGAUAAAGCAGCUGGUGAUGGAAGAGAAAGAAGGGGUCGAUUCAGAGAACUCACCCCAAGAGAAAGAAAGCAUUGUCGGAAAAGAAGAUGAAGAACAACAAAACCAGAGACGUGGACUCCAGCUCAUGAGAGAUGAAGCCGAGAGAGAGCACAAGUCGGGAAAGAAACAGCCUUAUCGAGUCGGGGAAGCUCCUCCUGAAGCAGACGGGGUUGUGCCACCAGCACACGGUCCUGGACCACUGGUUACAGAGCUGGAGGAUGAAGAGCAGCUGGAAACCAUUGACCUUCCCCCACUUCGCUCGCUGCGUAUCGAUGACCUGCCCGAUCUAGAGGACGUGGACACAGACGACUUGGCGGCGAUGUUCCCUUCCCAGCAAAUGUUCACACCAAAAAUAGAGGUCAUAUCAGGAGGUGACGAUGAGGAUCAACCUACUGGGGAUCAGAGUGAGGGCAUGCCGAACUUUAGUCCAGAUGGGGAUUCGCUGUUCUUACUGAGUGACUGCGACAAAUCAGCUGAGGUCUCCAGCAAGUCUUCAUCAUUGGUGUAUUCAGAGGAUUUGGGCACCCUUGAGCGAUCCAUUUUUGGACCAGUGGGGAAGUCCCAAACAAUCCAAACCUCCUCUCCACCACGCUGCCUGAUUGAGGAGCUGGAAUGAUGCAUUCAAGGUUUAGAGCAUUUUGUGUCGGAUUAAAGUCACAAACUACAUAUUUUUACAGGACUCGACUUCAAAUCAAAUACGUCUCCAUACUGACAAGUUAUAGACCAUCUAUUUGAGACCGUUAACUGCCCGAUAAGGGCAAAGAUUUAAUAAAAAAAGAGAAUAUUUAGAAGAGUAAUUCAUUGUCAAGCAUAUUUGUGUUAAAGAAUUUCAAAGCCAUUUUGUCUAUAUGGUAAAUUGUAAUACUGUGUGGAAACAGACUGAAUAAAUCUUACUCCAUCUGUA